GUAUGGUGGUUCCACAGGUCAGACCCCGCUGCACUCACAGGGAGGAGGCGGCAGCGGCGGAGGCGGGCGGCGCACCCCUGGAGGCAUGCCCAAAGAAAAAUACGAGCCCCCUGACCCUCGGAGGAUGUACACAAUUAUGUCCUCUGAGGAAGCAGCAAAUGGAAAGAAAUCACAUUGGGCGGAGCUUGAAAUAAGUGGUAGAGUAAGAAGCUUAAGCUCAUCUUUGUGGUCGUUAACUCACCUGACAGCUUUGCAUUUGAGUGACAAUUUCCUGUCCCGCAUUCCUUCAGAUAUUGCCAAGCUUCACAAUCUGGUGUAUCUGGACCUGUCCUCGAACAAAAUCCGGAGUUUACCAGCAGAACUCGGAAACAUGGUAUCACUCAGGGAACUCCAUUUAAAUAACAACCUGUUACGAGUUCUACCUUUUGAGCUGGGGAAACUGUUCCAGUUGCAGACUUUGGGCCUGAAAGGAAAUCCACUUACCCAGGAUAUAUUGAACCUCUAUCUGGAACCAGAUGGAACAAAAAGGCUACUAAACUAUUUGCUUGAUAAUUUGGCAGGUACUGCAAAAAGAAUUUCAACGGAACAACCACCUCCAAGAUCUUGGAUUAUGUUACAAGAACCAGACAGAACAAGGCCUACUGCUUUGUUUUCUGUCAUGUGCUAUAACGUUCUUUGUGAUAAAUAUGCGACCCGCCAAUUAUACGGCUACUGUCCAUCAUGGGCACUAAGUUGGGAUUAUAGGAAAAAGGCCAUUAUUCAAGAAAUUUUGAGCUGCAAUGCUGACAUCAUAAGUCUUCAGGAGGUUGAAACAGAACAGUAUUAUAGUUUUUUUCUGGUAGAACUGAAAGAACGUGGCUAUAAUGGAUUCUUUAGUCCUAAAUCUAGAGCCAGGACAAUGUCAGAACAAGAAAGAAAGCAUGUUGACGGCUGUGCAAUAUUCUUUAAGACAGAAAAAUUUACUUUGGUUCAGAAACACACUGUGGAGUUCAACCAGCUGGCGAUGGCGAACUCAGAAGGAUCGGAGGCCAUGCUGAACAGAGUCAUGACGAAGGACAACAUCGGGGUCGCCGUGCUGCUGGAGCUGCGGGGCGAGCUGCUUGGGAUGUCGUCUGGAAAGCCGCAUCUGGGAACAGAGAGACAACUCAUUCUCGUGGCUAAUGCUCAUAUGCACUGGGACCCUGAGUACUCGGAUGUGAAGUUAGUGCAGACGAUGAUGUUUCUCUCGGAAGUGAAAAACAUUAUUGAUAAAGCCUCACGAAGCCUCCAGUCCAGUGUAUUGGGAGAAUUUGGAAAUAUUCCACUAGUGUUGUGUGCAGAUCUCAAUUCUUUGCCAGACUCUGGUGUUGUGGAGUAUUUGAGCACUGGUGGAGUAGAAACGAAUCAUAAGGACUUUAAGGAACUGAGAUAUAACGAAAGUCUUACAAACUUCAGCUGUAAUGGGAAAAAUGGGACAACUAAUGGAAGGAUCACGCAUGGUUUUAAGUUAAAGAGUGCCUACGAGAGUGGCCUGAUGCCUUACACAAACUACACGUUUGAUUUUAAGGGUAUAAUUGACUACAUCUUCUAUUCUAAGCCUCAGCUGAACACAUUAGGCAUCCUGGGACCUCUGGACCACCAUUGGCUAGUUGAAAAUAAUAUCAGCGGCUGCCCGCACCCACUCAUCCCCUCCGACCACUUCUCACUUUUUGCACAACUGGAGCUCUUACUGCCUUUCCUGCCCCAAGUUAACGGCAUUCACCUUCCCAGCAGGAGGUAGUCAAGUACCUUCAGAAGAUGACCUCAAUUUCACUUGUAAACUUAUAUAAAAUCUGAAUAUAGGGGAGUGAGGUAUGGCCACUAGGGAUUUUUUUUUCUUGAUGAUGAUUUGAGUUCUCAGUCUGAUUAUUUCAUAAGGAUGUAGUAUGAAAGCCAGGUGCUAGCAGUGGACAAAUUCUGAGCCCAGUAUGCUUUAUAUACUGUCAGACAGGGAUCGGCAUGUUCGCGCCUGUCUUUAAUUUGUUACAAGUGGUUUUCCUGUUUCUUCUAUCCAAAAUAAUAUUUUCAUGCCUUGAAAUAGGAAAAUGUGUGAACAGCGUAUUCUCUUUGCACAGAAAUCUGUAGCACUGCUUUUUUGAGGCCAGUAAUAACAUCCAGAGACCAAUCGUUCCAUACUUUACUCCCUCCUUUUUCAGACGUGUUUGUAAAAUAACAGAAUUUGAAUUUAGCCUUUAUGAUUGUAUAUGAUCCACAGAAGACCUGAUUUAUGAAAUUUUGUACUAAAAAAUCAGAUUUGGAAAUGAUUGUAUUGUAAACUAAGGCUAAGGUGUUUUUUUUUUGUUUUUGUUUCUGUUUUUUGUUUUUUACCUGUUUCAUGUAUUUUAAAGGCCAGCUUGUAAAAGAAGUUGCAACAGACUUUCUCUGCUGAUGAUUUGCACUGUUAGGGUUUUCUUGGCCCUUUUGUACUACUUUGUUUUUAAAUGGAGAACAUUGCUUUUUAAAACUGUUUAAAGCUUAGGACAUUUUUUCGGACCAGAGGUAACCUUAUUUGUGAAUUCCUGGGUUUUUACAAAAACUAUCUACCAGGACAGAUGAGCUGAGCAGUGAUGAUCUGUAGGCAUUUAUGGACUGAAUGUAAUGGUUGAUAUUUGUACAUUCUGAUAUUUUUAAACUUUUAACUUUUUUAAGUUAAAAAAUUACAGCUGCUUAGGUACAGCUUUUUAACUGCUUUCUGAGACACCUCCUGUCUAUCUCCACCGUGCCUGCCUGAACUGUCCUCGCCGAACAUUGCCUGUGCACGCAGAGGGGGUCUGUGCGUCCUCUUUUACAGUUUGUAGAUGCUGUCGAACAUUCGUGAGAGUUUUAUGAAAACGCUUUUGUACGAGCUGUGACUUUCUUCCCGUUGAGAAGCAUUGAAAUCACAUUUCGGAACCUGUUCGCGGGGUGGUGAACCCCUGGGCCUGUGCUCCCCAGACCCACGCGCUGCGUCUCGGUGUCACCGCACAGUGCCGUCCCCGGAACGCCGCUAUCAUGUGAUUCUCCUGUUGUCCGUGUGGUCCCUGGGUCUCCAUGUUUCGUUUUUUAAUCAUUCCUCUUUUUUUCUUAAAUAAUUUUCCAUUUUUGAAGCAGUAUAAAUGAGAUGUAUUUUCAAAACAGGUCCUUAAGACAGUUCUUCAGAUCAUUUUUUAAGUGACAGUCAUUUUAAUACGUCAACCAAGAUGAAAGUUACAUUGUACCCUGUGUGUUUGCCCAUAGUGCCAUUAGUAGAUGAGAAAUUGCAGCCAGCUCUACUUUUGCAAAGUUAACUUGUAUAUAUUCUGGUCGCAUUCAUUUACUUUUGUCUCAAAAAUCAAAUGAAUUCAGAGGGAAGUUGUUGCGCCUGCUUUUGUUUCAGCUGCAGGCAAGGGAGCAGCAGCAGGACACGGGGUGAGCCCGAGGGGAAAUCGUAGUUAAUGAUCGAUUUUUACAAAGGAAUGAGUCAUUUUGGAUAAUGACUUAAAAUUUUAUGAAAAAAUGUUCAGCACUUAAAUGUGCUUAUUCUGUUUUUAAGAGAAAAUAAAAUUUACAUACUGCUUAAAUGAAUGAAAAAAAAUUUUUUUCUUUAAAAAAAAUUUCUCCUAAAACUGUUGAUCUUGAAUCUUUGGGACCUGGUUUCUUCUUUAAGAUUUUUUAAAGAUUUUGUUGUGAUGGAUUUUUUUGCUUUUUGCUUUUUGCUUAAGUUGUGCUGACACCAAACAUGUCCAGUUUAUAAUCAGUACAUUGAAUAGUUGGUAUUAUUGAUGUAAAACCAAUGCAUAACUUUUAAUGGGUUUUUUUGUUUUAUUUUUUAUAAAGUGUGAAUAAAGGUGUGUUUACUCAUUUUUCCUAAACACUGUGUUGUAAUGUGCAUCAUGACAACGUCCAGCAAGGGCGAGCUGGAGCUGGAGCUGGUCGGACUGAGAAGACAAAGGAACUAACUGCGUGUCCUCUGAUCUGCGCUGUGGGCACCAGGUCAGAGAGCUUCAUGGAAGGGGCGGGAGCGGCACUUAGUCAUUCUGUGUUUGUUCGCGGAGGAUGUGUUCUUUUCAUAGAUGCUGGAACUAGAGUGCACUUGUUAGAUGCUAAAGGUUUGAGCUUUACGGACAAUGUUUUCAUCUGUAUUUGUUAUCGUCUUCACUAUAUUCUAAUUGGGGGGCAGGAUGGUAAGACACAACGGCCUGUUAUGUCUCGAAAAUAUUUGUUCUUGCCUCUUGGGGGCCCACUGUGUCGUGUGGGUCCCUUUGAGCAGCUUCUCCACCUUCCCGAGAUAGUGAUGAAUUGAACCGAGAGUGUAGAUUUACAACUGUAACCUUCAAAAGAGAAAGAAAUAUUUUGGGUCUGUAGGGAAUAAACAAUAACACCAAAAUAGAUUGUGAUACUUUUGUUAAACAAAGUUUUGUGUUUUAAAUAUUUCUAUGUCCUGAAUAAUUUCCAAUAAUCUAUACGCCCUAAAAAUGCAAUGAAAAGCUAGUACGUUGUCACAGUAUAGAUUUUUUUCAAAGAUUCUGUAACAAAUACACUUAAUGUGGUGUUGCCAUACUGUAAUUUCAUUGUUCUUGCUGGAUAAAUCCAUCUUACGAAUGUUUUACAGAAAACUUAGACUGUGUUUUCUGUUUUAAUGAUCAGAAAUUCAGAGGCACUCAGUUCCUUGCUGUAAAUCUCUUGAAGUACAGUUUACCCUGUUAGUGGUAAUUAUUUAUACUUUGAGGAUUUAAAUUAUGCUCAUAAAAAUUAAUUUGUGGCAUAAUUUAAACUAAAGAUGUAGAUAUAAAAUGUUGGUUGCAACUUGAAUCAUCCUAGAAGAUAGGCAAGGAACAUGUCCAAGAACUGUAUAGUUUUAUUUUUACCUGAUUUGGUGACAGCCAGGAAAACUUGAGUUAGCACUUUGAAACCUGAGGACAUUAAUAAUAGGGUGAAUGCACUUCUAAAUGUUGAAAUUAAAAUUUCAAAGCUCUUCUGAUAUGCAGGUUUUCACUAAUAAAUUUCAGCUUUAGUAUUCCUUUUUUUUUUUUUUUUUUUUUUUUUACUAUUUAAACUCAUGGAAUUUGUUUCCAUAGUGAUUUUUAAGGUUUGGGGUCAUGUCGUGUAAGGACAAAGCCACCCGAGGCAAGGCCAUAGCAGCAGCUUGUUCUCUCAGUGGACCGGUCAGAGUGCCCAGAACAAAGGCUGCAAAUGGUUCUCAAAGCACACCUUUAGCAAGUGUUUCUCCCACCCUAAACGGUAUUUCAGGAUGUUCACUUUCCUCUUCUCGUUGGUUACAUAAAUUUUAAUAACCAGUGUGUUGAAGUAGUAUCUAGUUUUUAUUCACAGUACAUUAUGUUGUGUAAUGCACUGGACUAAUUUUUGUUUACCAUUCAUGUAACGAAACCCAGCACAUUAUCUGCACUAAAGCUCAGAGAAUGUCGCAUUUGCCUAGGCAGCUCUUUGAUAAGGGUGAUGGGAGACUGAGUAUGUACCUAUGGACCAGAGGUGACAAGGGCUUUUACUGUUCUUUUCAGCGGAACCUUCUUGGUCAAAUUGUAACUAGCUAGUAUUAUAUUUAUAUACAGGGUCUCUUUUCUUUACCGAUGUAUUUUCCUACUCAUAGCCGACCAAUAAAUUCAAUAUCUGUUUCAAAUAUUUUAAGUGUAAUUUAUAUAGCUGUAAUACUGAGAUUUGAGAAAAAGAAAUGUUAAUCAGCAGACCACAUACUUAAAAUGCUAAGUCAUCUGGGACAGGGUUACAACUCACCCUUUGAAAGGGAAGAGUGGUUUGGGUCAGGCCAUAACAUUGUAGAAAUGGUAUAAACAUAAAGAUUUCCUUAAUGGCUGUGUUAUUCUGUGUUAACAUCUAUAUCUUUGCCAAAGUUCAGCUUUAUAUUUAGGCAACUGAUGGUCCUUCUGCAUUUAGGAUUGUUGUCGUUACCAUAUACCUCAUAAUGAGCUCGUAAGUCUUCCAUCUUUCGGAAGGAGGUUGACAUUUUAAAUAAAUGCUUUUAAAUAUAGUAGCGAACAUUGUGUUGGUGGGAUUAUACUAAUACAUUAAAUGUUUUACUUGUUACAUGUGUGUUUUAUUGUAUAUAAACUUUUAAAAUAUGUGACUUCUCAACUCUUCAGGAUAUUAUUAUCUCCAUUUGCU